AUGACACCCCGUACGAAGACCGGGACCGUGGCUACGAGGCUGUAUCUGGACCGCGCCUCAACUCAGCUCAGACUCCCACCAGCAGGCAGUGACAAGCAUGACGUUGGCUUCGAGCGUUCCGAGCACUACUCCAAUAUCUCGCAGUGGUCGGAGAAUGAGCUUCCGGGAGGAAGGCUUGACGCGACGACUCGACGGGACAAUCUUCCCAUCGAGGGAAACUACGGCGCAUCGCGACUGAACCGCACAAUAAUAUAUCAAGCGCUACUCAGCAGACCUCACGCUCGCAAACUAAGCCCGACCUCCAACCGGCGCGAUUGGGAUCGCUUCACUGAUCGACAUUCGAAUCUGUUCGCGGAACCCGAGGACGCCGAUCUGUACUUCACGGAGGCUGUCAUCGCAUUGCAGAAUAGAGAUCCGGCUCGAACGGGUCUGUGCGUCGAGAAAGCCGUCUUUCUUGACCUUUUGGGCGGCAGAUCGCAAAAGUACCAAGACAAGUUCUUCGACGACUAUCGCGACGAAGACACUGCUGCCUGUGAGAAGUAUCGAGAAAGAUUCCAGGACUAUUCACGGCGCUGCCGUGACGAGGUAGCUGCGACGCGUAGACCAGCAACUACUCAGCUUGGCUCAACACCCCAGCCCCCAGCCUCUAUGCCACUUGGACCAAGUCCCACUGUAAACCCUUCGGAUCAAAAGGGAAGGCACGACACGCUGCAUAACCCCAAUCAAGAUCUCAACUCGUAUAGUCAGAGUCCACCGAGCUCUAACCAACGACCCAAUACGAUGUCCCGUCCGACAUUGGCGCAGCCCACAAUGCAACGACUGGAUCCUGCCCGCCAUGAACGAUCGGUACAGCAGCAUGGCGGGCCCCCCAUCACCAUAAAAGAUCCGGCCAGCACCAAUCUCAAGCCCUCGAUCAAGGGCAAUUCCAAGAACGCUGAGAGCGAAACGUUGGAUGCGCGCUAUAUUCGACGAGACCCCAAGCGAGCGGGAGCCUUCUUCAAACGUGGCCGUGUCUUUGCGAUUCUCGAGCAUAGUGAGCAUGGUAAUCCAAAUGAUGAUGACACUGGCACAGAAGCUAAAUGGAUUACCAAGAAGAUGGGGUUAACCGUGUUCAGUCACAUUCGUCGGUAUGUGGUUGUAAGAGAAGGCCACGGCUAUUGCUGGGCGGUCCCAAUCAACACGUAUGGCGGCCACGGCGUUGGGAAGAGGGGCUUGAACGAGGCGAACAUCCAAGCCCACGCCAUCAUCUACACCAGCGAGCGUCCGCCGCCGCAGCUGCGGAGCGAGCCAACUAUGAACAAGACUCCCAUUGCUGUGGAUCAAGGUGGCGAUGCUGACCCUCUGUCCCCCGCGAGCCGGGUGAAUUUCCAGAAGGUCACGACCAUCGAGCACAAUGUUCGCGCUCGUAGCUUCGGGCGCGUCCGCGACAGCUCAAUGGCUCAUUUCGAAAGCUACUGGAGGCAGCACCUGAUGGCGUAA